AACAGGAAUGCAAAGCUGCCUCUCUUGCUGGCACAUUUCAGCCGCCUGGCCCGUGAUCCCGGGGGUUUAAGAACCGCCCUGCGGAGGAGGCGGCCCUGCAGCUAGUCUGGGACUUCUAGGUGGCGCGAGGAGGCCAGCAACACCGUCUGAGUUCCCGCAGGCCGUGGGCAGAGAACCUCCAUGUACUCAGAGAUCCAGAGGGAACGGGCAGACAUCGGUGGCCUGAUGGCCCGGCCCGAGUACAGAGAGUGGAACCCAGAGCUCAUCAAGCCCAAGAAACUGCUGAACCCCGUGAAGGCCUCGCGGAGCCAUCAGGAGCUGCACCGAGAGCUGCUCAUGAACCACAGAAGGGGCCUGGGUGUGGACAGCAAGCCCGAGCUGCAGCGCGUCCUGGAGCACCGCAGGCGGAACCAGAUCAUCAAGAAGAAGAAGGAGGAGCUGGAGGCCAAGCGGCUACAGUGUCCCUUUGAGCAGGAGCUGCUGAGGCGGCAGCAGAGGCUGAACCAGCUGGAAAAACCACCGGAAAAGGAAGAGGACCAUGCCCCGGAAUUCAUUAAAGUCAGGGAGAACCUGCGGAGAAUCACCACGCUGUCGAGUGAAGAGCGGGUGCUGUAGAGCUGGCUGGGGGAGCCCCGGCCCCCCGCAGCCCUGCCCCGGCCCCCACACCCUCCUCCAGCCCUUCUGUAUCUGGCAGCCCUGAGCCCCAGGUUUGGGGACAUCUGCUGCGUUCAUGCUUGCUCCUGUAAACUGCGCUGUCCCAGAGGCCCUGCCUAUCCCUCCCCCCGACCCCCAGGAGCUGGGGGUCCCGAAGCUCACAGGAGUUUCCUUCUGAGCACUCACCCCUCCUGCCCCAAGAGGAAGCCACCUGGGAAAACUUUCACAGGGCACCUCCCUGGCCCAACAGCCCUCCAUUCUGCCCUGGCCCCUAUGGGACCCUGAGUCUCUGGGCAGCUCCACUCGCAGGUCUCAGAGAACUUCCCUGCCCACGGUUUCACCUGCAGCCAGGAGUGAGGCAACUAGUCGGAGCAUCUCAGGACACCUGUCUUGAAAGCCAACCAAGGGGAGAAGGUUCAAGUGCAGUUGUCCCUGGUGAGGAAGGGCAGGGCAGCCCGCAGGUGGCCUGGUGGCUCCCAUCAUGGCAAGUGGGAAGGGUGGUAACAAAGACAGCUGCUUAGAGUUUGCCAGCCUCCCCCCACACCCCCUCUCCCCGGCCCCCUGGUCCAGGCUCGUAAGCACUCCCAGCCAGGGCUUCAGCCUUCCUGCUCCCAGGGUCUGCAGCAGCGCUGCUCAGGCUCCAUCCUGCCUACGACUCACUGGGGUCUUGUUAAAUUCCGGCUUCUGCGUCAGCAGCUCUGGGGUGGGGCUGAGAGUCUGUGUUUCCAUCAAGCUCUAGGGCCACACUGAGCAGCAAGGCUGGAGCGCCAGGGGUGCUAAAUAUUGGAAACGUCACCCCUGAAGCCAACCUGCCCCCCAAGUCCCUCGGGCUUGUGCCCUGGGGUUCCCCCUUCCCCUGCAGCCUUCAGGGCUCUCUGUGUCCAGCCCACCCAGGGCCCCAGGCCCGAGAAGACGUAAAGCCUACCAGGUCGUUCCAGGUUUAUGACAGAUUCUCACCAGACAUCUCACCGUCCAGGACCUCCAAUCUGCAUUUCCACCGCACUGUUGUGGUGCAAUUCUAGCCAAAAAAAAAUUCAUUUUUUUUUUUUUUACCUGAAGCCCAUGGAGAGCACAUACAGUGGUUUCCAAUAGGUUUCUGGAACUAGAAACAGUGAUUGCAGACCCCACUGCCACCCUCGUGGACUGGCCCCUGUGAGUCCCCAUUUUCAGCCUCUGGACCUGAGACCCACCCUCCUUGGCUUCUGUGCCCGCCCCCCCCCCUCUCGCGGGGCAGCUCCAGAGACCUCACCCACGGCUUCCCCAAAGCCCUCCCACGCAAGACCAAAUGAUUUCACCUUUUGCUCCCAUUUUUCAAGACUUAAAGAAUAAACCAGGCCUGUUGCUUUCUCCCCUGAAGAGCAAACCCUGCCUCCGGCUUUGUAAGCCCACCAUUUACGGGGAGCAUUUCUUUGCACCCAGAGACAGCUGCCAUGGCGAUGCCCUGGAUGCUUGGCCAAUGGUGGUACCUGCAGGAGAGAGGCCAUCCCAGUCUCACUCCCGACUGUGUACUCUGAGGGUAACCGAAAUGUGGAUAGUGACAGGCUGCGUGCGUGCGUGGGUGUGCACACUCGUGUGCAUGGGUAUGUGCAUGUGUGUGCAUGCGUGCAUGGGUGUGUGCAUGUGUGCAUGGGUGUGCGUGCAUGUGUGUGUGCGCGCGCGUGCGUGCAUGCGUGGAUGUGCAAUCCAGCUCUAAAAGGCUCAUGGAAUUGACUGUCCUCAUGAGGAUGCGGUACCGCUGUUUAAAUGUCUGCCAGGUGAGGUGAUGCUCAAAACCCACCCUCCCUCAUAAAGACCGCUGCUCCCCCCGAGAAGCCACCUCGGGUCGAUGUGUUGUUCAGAUGUGAAGAGAAGCAGGAGGGGGUGUCUAGCCUGGAAUAGGCCCCUUAGAUUUCACUCAGGUGUUGCCAGGGGUGCUUCAGGGAGGCGGCAAGGCACGGAGACAAAGGCCCCAGAAGCAGAAGGGACCUCCAGUCCCACUGGUCCAGUGGAGCCACGGGGGACACCCCUGUUCACUCCCCAGUGGUCAGUCCCAACGCCUCUCUAGUCACCUCCCACUGUUGAGAACCAUCCAGAUCCUCCCUGUUCCAGCCCCUUCGCAGCUUGGGGUGAGCACAUGCUCAGGGAUGGGCAGUGACAUGUAAGAGGAAGUCUACAGGAACUUCUGGGAAAGCUGAUGCUCUUCUGAUAAAAGAGACGGACGUGGGUCCCAGCUUCUUCCUGCCUUGACUGGGGAUGUGAUGCCUGGAGCCACAGCAGCCCUCUCGCUACAAAGAGAAAAACGCCAAGAGAAUCUCAAAGACCUUAUCAUCAUUGGACCAAGCCAAUGCCUGCAACCUUCCUCCUACAGAGCUCUUGUAAAUAGAAAUAAAGCCCUCUUUGGUUAA